AUGUCCUCGAGGACUCUGCCAGCUGCCGCCGCGCGCACCUUCACUCGACCCCGACGGGUCACGCUCUCUCAGUUGAAGUCUCGUGCUCCAUUCUCGAGGGCGGAACGCUUCUCCCAAAAGGCCACACGCAAUGCCGCUACUCACCAAGCAUGGAAUAGACCCUCCGCUGCUAUAUUUGCAGCGGCAGCCACGGUUGCUCUAGUCUAUACAACGACCCAGGUGCACGCUGUGCAGGCAGAAGCUCCACCCCCCGAGACCCAGGAGGUCGUGAUAGAAACAUCCAAGAAGAGAAAGGGCGUUUCAAAGGAAGAGAAUAGGGACCUCAUCAGCUCCCAGCAUCUCCAAGUCAAGAAGAGCUGGGAGAACCCUGGCGUGUAUGCGUGGGGAUCGAAUACUGGUCGAGUCGUGGCCCCAGAUUCAGAUGAAACAUACAUCAAGACACCGCGGAGAUUGAGCUGGUUUGACGAUGUCCUGCUUCGAGAUCUGAAGAUUGACCGUAAUUUCGGCGCAGCAGUUCUGGAGAAUGGAGAUCUGGUACAAUGGGGCAUCGAGUACUCGGAGGACAUACGACAACCAACAGUUACACUGAAGGGGAAGAAUCUGACCUCCAUUGCGAUAUCAAGAGAUCGUAUCAUCGGGCUGAGCAAGAACGGAACCGUGUAUUCUAUACCAGUAUCCAAGCUGGAUCAGGAGCGCGGACACAAACAAACCGAUAGUUCUUGGAUCCCAUUCUGGAGUUCAACCUCGACGAUCAGCUACAGGAAGCUCGAGCCCAAGAAUCUGAGAGUUGGAGAGCGGGUCGUUGCCAUCAGCGGUGGCCUUGAGCAUGUUCUUUUGCUCACAAAUUCAGGACGAGUCUUCUCUGCCGCCUCAGGAACCGAGGACUUUCCGAGUCGUGGACAGCUGGGCGUCCCAGGGGUGACAUGGCUCACUCGUCCUGAAGGCCGCUAUGACAUGUGCCACGAACUGACCACACUCAAAGGCUUCGAGAUCACUAAACUCGCUUCUGGAGAUCACCACUCUCUUGUGCUCGACAAAGAGGGUCGCGUCUUUGCAUUCGGUGAUAACUCUUCCGGCCAACUUGGUUUCGACUUCAACCCGGAAGCUCCUUUCGUCGACACGCCUUCUCUGCUCCCCACUACUCGUCUGUACCAAGGUACCAACCAAUCGUCCAAGGUCACUUCAAUCGCGGCUGGUGGUUCAAACAGUUUCUUUACCGUUGACGCUACGCGCAUCGCAGGCCCGGAGGAAGACCCCAGCUCUAUCUCAACUCUGGGCAAGACCACCGCCGACACAUGGGCAUGUGGCACGGGCAUCAAGGGGACUUUGGGCAAUGGAAAAUGGACCCAUAUCCAAGGCACACCAACCCGUAUUCCGUCCUUGUCGGGCCUCUUUGAGUAUGAUGAAAAGACCCGAAAGGUGGUUCCGAUCCGAAUGUCCCAGAUCUCCGUUGGGAGCACCCACGCCUCAGCAGUGCUCGAUAACGUAACCUACCUAGAUGCUUCGGAGAAGUCUUCAGAGGACGACACCAACUGGGGUUCCGAUGUGCUCUGGUGGGGAGGAAACGAAUUCUAUCAGCUGGGUACAGGCAAGAGGAACAAUGUGCCGCUCCCGACAUAUAUACGGCCGUUGGACAUGGCUAGUGAGGCAGAGAUGGGAAGAAGGGAGGAGCACAGAUUGCAUUUGACACCUAUGCACGAUGUACAGCUGAAGACCAGUGGGAGGAAAGUGAGAAUGGAGCAGCGUGUGGUGUGCGGGAGGAAUGUGACGGCUGUUUACUCGGCUGUGUGA